AAUAGCAUAAUAGCACGACUACUGCAAACCGACAUGAAAUCAGCCGAGGAUUCCUUUGGGCAUAAACAAGGGCACUAAACAGAUGUUGUCCCUGCUAAUUUUCGUCUCCUUCGUCACCUGUGCGAACGCAGCUGCAACAACAUGCGAAGAACAAAGAGACCAAGCCUCACAAGACGGCUUGGUGGGCGCGUUUGUCCCAGAAUGCAAUGCAGAUGGUAGUUUCAAGCCUGAACAAUGCUGGGGAUCAACAGGGUACUGUUGGUGCGUGAACGAACAUGGCGCUGAAGUACCGGGUACUAAAGUACGAGGAAAACCAGAGUGCAGCAAGAAAGGUGUCCUAUCUCUUUGCCAAAGCCUUCAAGCAAUCAUCGUCAACGUUCCGGGUUGGUGCGGACCUCCUAGGUGUAAACCGGACGGAAAUUUUGAGGAAGUGCAGUGUUGUGCCAGCACUGGGAAGUGUUACUGCGUGGACAAGGAAGGAAAGAAGGUUAAAGGAACGGAAAAAUCUGGACAACCAGAUUGUGAAUCUUACACAUCGAAGUGUGAAAGAACAAGGCUGGAGGCUUUAGCGAAAGGUCCUUUACCAGGACAGUUUAUUCCACAUUGCAGAGAAGAUGGCUCUUUUGAGCCCGUGCAAUGUUGGGCCAGCACUGGAUUUUGUUGGUGUGUUGAAGAGAAUGGUGCGAAGAAGGAUGGUACCACGGUGCGGUUCAAGCAACCGGACUGUUGAAAAGUCAGAGUUCAAGAGGAACACUCUCGCGGGACGAACAACUAAUAAAACCUGUUCUGGCCUGAAAAUAGUGCAGUAUUAGUUUCGUUAAAAACGAAUGGCAUAGUUGUAGAAAUAAAAUGACUAGACUGCACAAUCCUUGCGGUGAAGAAA